AUGGUAGAUGCAGCUGCGGGAGGCAUUUUAAUGGCUAAAACAACAGAGGUUGCAUAUGCUUUAUUGGAUGACAUAGCUACGAACAGUUACCAAUGGCCAAGUGAGAGAUCGGGUGUAAAGAAAGUAGCAGGACUUCAUGAAGUGGAUCCCAUCACCGCACUAGCAGCUCAGGUUGCAUCACUCACAAAUCAGAUAGUCACGCUUACCACUCAAGGAAAUCAACAGAAGGUAGAUUCAGUCAUAAGUACUUCUUCCUCAAACCAAGAGACAGAGAUUGCAAACGAGCAGGCCCAAUAUAUCGACAGUAGAAACUUCAAUCAAAGAGGAGGCUACCAAGCUAAUCACUAUCAUCCAGGGCUGAGGAAUCACGAGAACUUGUCAUAUGGCAACAAUAGAAAUACACUUCAACCUCCACCCGGAUUCAACACUCAGAAUUCUGAUGGGAAACCACCCUUGGAAGACAUCCUUGGGACGUUCAUUUCUGAGACAAGAUCACGCUUCAACAAAAAUGAAUUACGGUUGGAUAAUAUUGAAACACAUGUGUCCAACAUGGGAGCCACAAUGAAGAAUCUUGAAGUGCAAAUUGGCCAAUUGGCUACCUCAAUAAAGUCUCAGCAAAAAGGAAAAUUUCCCAGUGACACGGAGGUUAACCCACGGGAACACUGCAAUGCGAUCACCCUAAGGAGUGGUAAAAUGGUUGAAGAAAGCAAACCUAAGAAAAUUGUGGUGCCUACGUCGGAUGUCAUAGUUACAGAUGAAAGGCAGAAAACUGAGCCAGAGGGUACAAAGAUCUAUAAGCCUUACUCGAUCUCAUUUCCGGACAACCCACCAAUCUUGAAGCCCCCACUACCAUUCUCGCAGAGGUUCAUGAAGAAGAAAUUUGAUGACCAAUUUGCAAAAUUCCUGGAAGUCUUCAGGAAAAUCCACAUCAACAUUCCCUUUGCAGAAGCUUUGGCCCAAAUGCCUAACUACGCCAAAUUCUUGAAGGAAGUGAUGUCAAAUAAGAAGAAGCUGGAGGAGUUCGAGACAAUUAAGCUAACAGAGGGGUGUAGUGACAUGCUUCAGAAGCUCCCUCACAAAUUGAAAGAUCCGGGCAGCUUCAACAUCCCGUGCAAUAUUGGUGGUAUCACAUUUGAUAAGGCACUGUGCGACCUUGGAGCUAGUAUAAACCUGAUGCCCCUAUCAGUGUUCAAAAAGCUGGGUCUUGGAGAAGUAAAGUCUACAACCCUCACUUUGCAACUAGCGGACAGAUCAAUCACAUAUCCCAAAGGCAUGAUUGAAGAUGUAUUGGUGAAGGUCGAUAAGUUCAUCCUUCCUGUGGACUUUGUGGUGUUGGACAUGGAGGAGAACGAGAAAAUACCGUUGAUUCUUGGUCGACCUUGCCUAGCUACUGGAAGAGCAUUGAUUGAUGUCCAGGAAGGAAAAUUGACACUGCGGGUUAAUGAAGAGCAUGUGACUUUCAACAUCCAUCAAGUAGAAAAGCCUCAAGAAAAAGUCAACAUUUGCAAUAUGGCCCAAUCGGCUGAAGCAGUUUUAGGUCACAGAGAAAAAAAAGAAGUGUUCUAUGACCCUUUAGAACAGUAUAUGGCUCUCAAUUACUUAGUAAGGGAUGCAUCUACUGAUGGCAAAUACUCGGGAGCCGAAGAAGUAGUGGAUUUCAUAUUCACCCAAGAAGCUGAUCCACCUGACAAAAAAGAAGGCUAUGUGGCUAAGCCUUUGAAACCUCCAAACAUUGUCAAACCAAAAGAGAUUUUGAAGGCUGGAUCGAGGUUCAAACCGCCUGAUUUUAUUGGCCAUACUACGAUGAAGGAGAAUGCAAAGCCGAGGGUAAAAUUCAGAAACAAGAAAGAUGCUCUACCCGAAGAUCCACCGUAG